AUGGACGACGAGCGCUUAAGCGAUGAGCUAGCCGGUUGGGCAUGCUUCCGCCUCGAUCGCUUGCGGCCCGGCAUUCGCAUGCUACAUCUCUACAACUCAAUCGGCGUCGUCUCCAAGGGUGUGCUGCUGGUGCGCAUCAAGAAGACGGUCAGUAAGACGUAG